UCAGAUUGCUGUUAUCCGACACACCUCCACCUCAGCACACGUCUACCCAAGCUAAAAGUAAACAACGGUGUUCCGGUAUCGUCGAGAAAGUAACACAAGUUUGGCCGAUUACGAAAACACACCACACGAUCCAACUGUUCAUUUCUUGCCUACCUAACUGUUUAAUAGUCCAGAUACACAUCACCAUCAUGCCUACCUUCCCACAAUACUUGACAGAAGCUCAGGAAAAAGAGCUGAGGAUGACUGCCAAUGCCAUAGUGGCUCCUGGCAAGGGAAUCCUUGCUGCUGACGAGUCGACAGGAACCAUUGGGAAAAGAUUCGCGACUAUAAAUGUUGAAAAUAACGAGGAUAACAGACGACGCUAUCGUGAGUUGCUGUUCACCGCUGACAAGGCCAUGGCUAAUAAUAUCGGAGGGGUGAUCCUUUUCCACGAAACAUUCUACCAGACAACGAGUAAAGGUGUCUCCAUGGUGAAAGCUCUCCAGGAUAUGGGCAUCGUACCAGGAAUCAAGGUUGACAAGGGCAUGGUCCCUCUGGCGGGAACUGAUGGAGAAUCUACUAUACAAGGUCUGGAUGGCCUUGGCGAGAGGUGUGCCCAGUACUACAAAGAUGGCGCCAGGUUCGCUAAAUGGCGAUGUGUUCUGAAGAUCGGUAAAGAAACACCUUCAUAUCAGGCCAUGUUUGAAAAUGGAAACGUUCUUGCGCGCUACGCCAGUAUCUGUCAGCAGAAUGGACUGGUGCCCAUCGUGGAGCCUGAAGUGUUGUGUGACGGAGACCAUGAUCUGGAAACGGCACAGAAAGUCACAGAACAGGUUCUGGCCUUUACCUACAAGGCUCUUUCAGACCAUCAUGUUUACCUUGAAGGGACUCUUCUUAAACCAAACAUGGUGACCGCUGGUCAGUCUUGCGCAAAGAAAUACAAACCUGAGGAUAAUGCUCGUGCCACCGUCCAAGCUCUCAGCCGAGCUGUGCCUGCCGCAGUACCAGGUAUCACGUUCUUAUCUGGUGGACAGUCCGAAGUUAGUGCCACUGAAAACCUUAAUGCCAUAAACCAAUACCAAGGACGUAAGCCAUGGGCACUUAGCUUCUCCUUCGGCCGAGCCCUCCAAGCCAGUGUCCUUAAAGCUUGGCAAGGUCAAGACAGCAAUCUGGCCAAUGCUCAAGCCACACUCAUUAACCGAGCAAAACUGAAUGGACUGGCAGCCAUGGGUCAGUACAAUGGAGAAGAUGGAAGCUCAGCAGCCAGCGAAUCCCUGUUUGUCCCUAAACAUACCUACUAACAACCUCUUCCGAUGGAUAACCUUGAAGGAGGAUUUCAACAUCAAAAAAUUAUAAAAUAUCCGCAGUUUCGUUCUAUUUUCUCCAGCAAAAAUGAGUCAUCUUUAUAUUAUCAUGUUGAAGAACACUUGAAUAUGUGAGCUUAAUGUACAUCUAACUUUAUUUAAGGAGUAGCUUAGUCAGGGCAAAGUUGUUAAAACGUCACUGUUCCAUCUAAGGGAGGCUACUCUUGUUAUGACCUUUAUUGUAUUACAAAGAGCUGUUAGUAACAAAACAGUUAAACCAUGUCAGUCAUCACAUGAUGAAUGACACCAAAAAUAAAUCUCCACUUGUCCGAUUAAAGGGAGACUACUCCAUACAUACAAGCUAAUGAAAUAAGUCAUAUGGGACUAUUGAAAUUAUUUUUUGUGAUAUUCUCAGUAUAAUUUACCAAAAUUAUGGAAUAUUUAAAAUUUUCAUUUAACAUCCUACAUGCUGACAAAUUUUAAGUUUAUAAAUUACAUAUAUGGUCAGUAUUUAUUACAUAAGAAAUGCUGUGAAUAAGCUUUGUUUUUAUUUUUCGGAAAAUGUAGCAAAAUAUUGUGAUUAAUUGUUUCGAAAAAAUCUAUUUUUUAUUUUGAAAUAAUGAUUUCAACAUGUCUGCUAUUGCUCAAAGCUUCAGAGAAUGGAAAUCUUUGUAAAUGUUUUAAUUUGACGGCAUGAAUAAGAAGAUAGUUAUAGAUGUUGUAGGAGGUGGACAGUAUGUUUCAGCGCUCGAUGGGUGUUAGUUAUGGAAUGUAGAGAGUGAGUCGGGGUAUAUUUGACAUCUAACCAGAGAAAUAGUAGAUUAGAAAAGUAUCAUUUUACCUUGAGCUCAUUUGAUAUUACUGAAAUAUCUUUCAUGUAAUAAUUAUACCUACUGAAAGCAAUUUUUAGCUAUAAUUUUAGAUUAGUUUUAGAAUAUUACUGUACAUGUAUGUUUUUAUUCAAUCCGUAUUUUAGUUCUGGUUGAUACAGGAAUUCAGAUAACACAAGUUUUGUUUACAUAAGAAAAUACACAAUGAUAUUUGUUUGGAAAACUUUUGCAGUAAAAUUACCUUAUUUCCUUAUCAUAUUGGAUUUUGAUAUAUGUCUGUACAUUAAUUUAAGGGGACAUGUCAUUUCUGUUUAAAACCAACAAUUUGUAUUGUUUAUGUAUAAAGGCUAACAUUGUUGCUUAAUCAAUGAAAAUACAUUUUAAAAACAAUUUUACCAAUCGACAAUGUUCACAAAGAAAUAGUGAUUAAGCGAAACCGAUGUGGAGACGGUGACACCUCAAGCAGUCAGUGUUAAAGAAGCAAUAUAGAAGGUCAUAUUACCUGUAUUUUCUUGUAGAUUUUAAUGACCUUGUGGAGACGGAAGCCAUAUCACCUGUAUGUUUUUUGUAGAUUUUAAUGAUCUUGUGAGAAGGAAGUUCGACUUUGUUAUUGUCUUGGUAUCAUUCACAUAUUUUUAAACUGUUAACAAUAAACCGGAGGGAUUAUUUUUAUAA